AUGGCGCCAAUCGCUACGCAUGACGACCGCCCCCAGAAUAUUGUAACCAAACCUAAAAAGGAGCCAGCUAUGCGCUUCGCCAAUUUCGACGUCACUGACCAGGUAUUCUACGCCAAUGAUGCUGCGGUCGGUAUCGUGAACUUGAAGCCCAUUGUCCCUGGCCACGUAUUGGUCAUUCCACGAAAGCAAUACAAGCGUGUCGCCGACAUUCCCAAUGCCGAGCUCGGCCCUUUCUUCGCCGCCGUACAGCACAUUGGGAAGAUAAUUGAGCAGGCGUACGUGGGUGAUUCGCUUUCUAUUGCCAUCCAGGACGGCUCGAGUGCCGGGCAAACCGUGGACCAUGUUCAUGUCCACAUUUUGCCGCGCCGUAAAGGCGAUAUCGAGCCGAAUGACCUUGUUUAUGAGCACCUCGAAAAGUUCGGCCUCGAGCUAAACAAUUUGCAUUCCAAGAAGAUGGACAGCGAGCGUAGCCCACGUACCAAAAAGCAGAUGCAAGCGGAAUCAAAAUGGCUUCGUGAGCAAUGCGCCGAAAAGGAACGCUCCGGACGCCUCCCUGUCACGCUCCUUAGCGGCUUUCUCGGAGCAGGAAAGACGACGCUCAUGCGGAAUAUUCUCUCAGACCCUAACCAUGGCAUGCGUAUUGCAGUUAUUGUCAACGACAUGGGUGAGCUAAACAUUGAUGCUCAGCUCAUUGCGCGCGGAAGCCACAGUGUUACGAAGCGCUCUGAGCAAAUUGUGGAGAUGACCAAUGGGUGUGUUUGCUGUACACUCCGUGGCGAUCUUUUGGAAGAAGUAGCGAACUUGGCGCGUGACAAUGCGAUUGACUACCUCCUCAUCGAGUCGAGUGGUAUCUCUGAGCCAAUGCAAGUGUGUGAAACGUUUAGCGAGGAGUUUGCCGAGAUGCACAAGAUGGCUGCUGAAGAGUUGGAGGACAAGGAAGGGAAGAAUGCGCGCCUUGCGGCUAUUUUAGAACAAGGUGGUCUCCCCGCUGUUGCUCGCUUGGACACAUGCUGUACCGUCGUGGACGCGGCAAAUAUGCUCAAUGACUUCCACACUGCCGACUUUUUGGUCGACCGGCACGGCAAAGACGACGUCCCGGAAGAAGACGACCGAAACAUUAGCGAUCUCAUGGUCGAUCAAAUCGAGUUUGCAGACUGUAUCGUGGUGAACAAGUGCGAUAUGGUGUCUGAGAAAGAACUAAAGACGGUCGAGGGUAUCAUUAAACACUUGAACCCUGUUGCAAAGGUCAUUACUACGUCGCAUGGCGACAUAAGCCCGAAGGAAGUGAUGGGCACGAACCGUUUUAGCUACGAAAAGGCAGCUACCAGUGCUGGAUGGCUGCGCAGCCUGUCAGAAGAACUCAAGCCUGAAACGGAGGAGUAUGGAAUUGGCAGCUUUGUAUACCGCGCUCGCCGUCCUUUUCAUCCCGAGCGCCUUUGGAGCGUAAUUCGCGAAAACUUCGUCGUGAUCCAAGCCGAGUACAUCGACGACGGCGAAGAAGAUGGGGAUGAAAAUGAGGAUGAAAAUGAGGAUGAAAAUGAAGAUGAAAAUGAAGAUGAAGAAAAUGAUCAAGAUGAACCUAUGCAAGAAGAAGAGGAAGAAGAGGAACAGCCUCAAUUGAACCCUGCCGCCCGGCUCAAGAGCAAGAAAGAAAGCCCCAUUUGGUCGAACCUACUCCGCUCGAAAGGAUUCAUGUGGCUAGCGACUCGGCCACUCAUGUUUGGAGAAUGGUCGCAGGCUGGAGUCAUGCUCACACUUACUGGUGGGGCCCGCUGGCGCUGUGAGCUUGCAGAGGAGCUUUGGCCCACGGACCCUGAAAUUGUGAGUGCCAUGAAGGCCGACUUUGACUAUACCACGCCUUGGGGUGACCGCCGCCAAGAACUCGUUUUUAUCGGAACGGAAAUGGGCACGACACAGGAGCGUAUUACAGAAGCGCUGAAUGCGUGCCUAUUGAACGAUGAGGAAUGGGAGUCGUGGCAAAAGAUCAUGAACUCGCGGAGCCGUAAACUGUCAAGCAUGGAAGCGAAGCAAGAAAAGCUGCAGCAAGUAUUCAUGGAUGGAUUCGAAGACUGGAUUGACCCUGAAGAUCCGGAGGAAUUGGCCAAACACGAGGGUCAUGAUCAUUAA